UUCCUUCCGUGAUUGCGUUCCGCCAUUUUGCUUGGUGUGGAGUGAACGUCGAGUUAUUUCAUAUGUAUUCAAAAGUGAAACGUAGUUAUUUAGUUUAAAAUUAGUGUCCUUAUGCACUAAUGGCUUGCUUAAAUACUCUUAAGUUAGAAAUUAAGACGUUAGAACAAGUGUUUCCUAAAAGCCAUGAGCGAUUUCAGAUAAUGUCAGCUAGUGUCGACGAACUGACCUGCAGAUUCGUUGGCAAAAAUGGAAAGAAAUAUGAAAUACAUGCGAAUAUCACCGAGACAUACCCGACCACUCCUCCAGUGUGGUUUGCGGACAGUGAGGACUCCAUCGUGACAAACGCUGUGCAGAUACUCAGUAACACACAGGGCAGAGACAAUCAUGUUAUAAAUCAGGUCGGCAUAUUAUUGAGGGAGCUGUGCAAAUUACAUGGUGUCCCUGAGCCUCCAGAUCUCGACUCGUUAUCAUUACCCGUCCAUCCAGCACCACCCCAGCAUAGGGUACCGAUUGUGACAAACGGCGCUGAGUCUGGCACAGAGGAGGACGAGGAGAUGGCGGCUGAGGACGACGAAUCUGAGGGCGAGGACGACCUCCCACUGGAGAUGGUGGAUGACGCGGCGCGCAGCAAUAAGGACGACAUGGAGGCGGAGCAUUUACUGACGUUGGAGCGACUGCGGCAGAACCAGAGGCAGGAUUACCUGUCGGGCAGUGUGUCCGGCAGCCUACAGGCCACAGACCGCCUCAUGAAGGAGCUCAGAGACAUAUACCGCUCGCAUUCCUUCAAAAACAAUAUGUAUUCUAUAGAAUUAGUUAACGACUCACUAUACGAGUGGAACAUAAGACUGCGUUCUGUCGACCCCGACAGCCCCCUACACAACGACCUGCUCGUCCUCAAGGAGAAGGAGGGCAAGGACUCCAUACUCCUCAACAUCAUGUUCAAGGAGACAUACCCGUUUGAACCGCCUUUCGUCCGAGUAGUUUAUCCCAUCAUAUCAGGAGGUUACGUGCUAGUCGGCGGCGCGAUAUGCAUGGAGCUCCUCACCAAACAGGGUUGGUCGUCAGCGUACACAGUGGAAGCGGUGAUCAUGCAAAUCGCCGCGACGCUCGUCAAGGGCAAAGCGCGCAUACAGUUUGGCGCGACGAAAGUGGUCUCGCAGGCCCAGUACAGCCUUGCGCGCGCGCAGCAGAGCUUCAAGUGCCUCGUGCAGAUACAUGAGAAGAAUGGAUGGUUUACUCCGCCGAAAGAGGAUGGCUAAUCGUUGCUUCCUCUUGCCGUAACGUAAGACAAACGUGCAUAGUCGGUAACGCCCAUACGAACAUUUAUCCUCUAAAUUUGACAAGUGACUGAAACAGGCCGGGAGGUGAAUCUCCCAGCUCGUUUGAGAGGGGUCUAUGCUGUGGACACUGUGUGCAAGUCGGAGUAUUGUUUGUGUACUUUAAUCGAUAAAUUAAGUGCUAAUAAUGUUGAGGUGUGACGGGCGUCCCGAAAGACUACACAAGACUUAUAGGAAAAUGUUUACUGUAACGUUUUUUGUAAUCAUUAAUUUCUCAUAAAGUUAUCCAUAUGGUAGCCCUAGACGUUACUGGAGUGUAAAGUUGAAAGUUCUUUGCAUUUCUUUUUAGUUAUGGAAUAAAAGAAAAAACCUGUGAUUCGUAACAUG